AUGUGCUGCUUACGUUUCUUUGCCUUUUUAUCACGCUGCUCUUUUUUCUCAUGGCAUCUUUUCUCUCAAUCCUGUCCGUCUCUCUCUAUCUCUCCUCUUCCUGGCCUUCUUUUUCUCCAUCACCUCGAUUCUCCAUGCCACACCCUUGCUAAUUACAUCCCCGGCCCCAAACCCUUACCCCCAUCCUGUCUCCCCUCCUCCGCCCUCUUGACCACCCCUCCUGUGCCCCUGACCGCCCCCUAUCAGUCCCUGACUGGCUACAGCGGCAACGGUUCCAGCAUCCUCUCCGAGCCGCUCCUCACCGGCACCCGAGCUGCCAGCUUCUCUGGCCGCCUGCCCUCCUCCGGGGGCUCCAUGACGUGUCCGUUCCCCCCGGGGCUGCGGAAGUACCCCCAGGACAGCAGCAGCAGCAGCAGCGGCAUUGGCAGCGGUGCCGGUGGUCUGGGCGGCAUCGGUACCAGGGCGUUCUCCUCCUCCUCCACCUCGCUGGGCUCGGCCUCCAGCCAGACGAAGGCGCUGCUGGCCAGCCUGGGGGCCGAGGCCCUGCUCCUCUCCAACACGCUCCGCCAGCGCCGCCUCCUCAACGCCGCCUCCAUGCAGAGCAACGGCCGCUCGGCCUCCUCCUCCCCGGCCACCUCCCCCACCUCCGCCACCCACUCCUCCAACUCCUCCUCCUCGGCCGCGUCCCCCUCCCCGUCCCCGCUGACCUCGCCGUCGCCCUCCACCGCCUCCGCUUCCUCCACCUCCAACGCCUCCCCGUUCCCCUCUCUGUCGCUCUCCUCGCUGGGGCUGAAGGGUAGCAGUGGUAAUGGUGGUGGUAAUGGUGGUGGUGAAGGUGGUGGGCGCAGUGUGAAGUUCUCAGUGUCGAGCAUGGGGCUGUACAAAGAGGCCAGGCCCAAGCCCCUGCGGAAGGCUGCGUCGUCCGAGGCGGAGUGAGUGAUGAGAAGAGGAGAGAGGAGGAGGAGGUGUAAAACGAGGGAGUGGUGAGAUUCCGGAAGAGGAGAUAUGAGAAGGAGGAGGAGGAGGUGGAAAUUGUGGUUCAGAGGGUUUUUUGGAUGGGAAAGGUACUAGCAGCACCCAUAUGCCAAAAGGAAAGACAAAUCAUUUCCCACCUUUUCCACUUGUUUACCCUCUUUCAAAGGAUCCUGGAGACAUUCCGAAAAACAAGCACACAUAAACACACACACACACACACACAUAGCACAGUUUUAAAGACAUGACUCAUUUUUCUUCCCAGUUUUGUUUCUCGUCUGCCAUUUUUGUCUCUGCCAAGUUGUUUCGGCUUUUUAAUUUUUCGGUGUCAUUGUAAUCAUUCUGAUUUUUGGAGUUCUCUGAAGCACACUUCACACCACACACAUACACACACACACACACACACAGACACACACGGACACGCGCACACACACGUAUACACAUGCACACACACCAUCUUCCAUCCGCCUUUCCACCCCCUCACCCAACCACUUUCUCCAUCUGCGGAUCUCUCAGCCAUCUGCGGCUCAGUUAAGAGACACUGAGCACAGGCUUGCCAGGCGUCCCAUACAGCCCCACCCCCGCCCCCACCAAAAAUGCCACAGCACCCCUCGGGCCAUGCCCAGAUCCCAUCGCCCACCUGCCUGCCCAUUCGCCUGCCCGCCUUUCCAACUGCUCCAUGGACCAGACCCACUAGUCAUCCAUGCCAGGGGCUGCUGACAGGUUUGGGGCCGGCCCCGGGACAAAGUCAUCUGGAAGCCCCCCCCAAACCCUCUCUCAAUACAUAAAGUGUAACGAGGACCCACUUUUGGGGCCAUCUUCUCCCUGGGCCCGGGACAACACACCCAUUUGUCCGCCCCUCUGUCGGCUUCCCUGCCUCCAUGCCCUCGCCUGCACUCCUGCAAUUGGACGGGAAGGGAGAUGGGCCAAGGGAACCAGCUGGACCCAGACUCACAGCACAUCACGCAAUCACCCAUUUGCCAAAAUCUCACAUCGGAAUGUAGUGCAGAAUGGAGGCAGCUCUCCGUUCCAAGUGUAAUAUUUAUACUGUGAACUGUGUCACUUACCAGUAGAGUUGCAAUAAUAGCAAAAAGCAGUGCAUUGUGUUUUUGGAUUUGUGUGCAGAUUUUUAUCACUGUUGUUAUCACAGAUGAAAAAAAAAUAAUGGAAGAACCAUGUCAUCAUGAAAAUAGUGGGGAGAGGGAAAAAAAAAGAUGUAGAAAUGUGAAAUAGAAAAUGUCUGUGCUACUAAACCUGUUGACAGAAACUUUCAAUCAACUAUGUAGUUCAACACUGGUGCUAUCACUUUGCUGAACAUUUUUCAACGCUUAGUCUUAAAAAGUUUCACACUGGGCACGUUUCACAUCUCCAGCAUUUCUCCACGUACACACAAGCACAUGUAACAGAAGCCCACGCAUUCACUGCCUUUUGGUCAGACAUUCCAUGAUGUCACUUUUU